GUGGACAUGGAUGGAGUGGAACGCCGCAUUCAACUUCUCCUCCACCACUGAUCCCACAUUGCUCGUCCAACUGCAUGAAUCAAGGGGUUUUGCAGAUGCAGAGAAGAGAAGGGAAGCGAAGAUGGAGGGAGAUCGAGCGAGCAGGAGCACGAGCAGGUCCCAGAUCCAUCCGCCACGGCCGUCCUCGACCUGGUGGAGCUCCAUCCCUACUCAAAUCGCCAGCGGCCGUGCGUGAGGAGAGGGCUGCCUGCUCCGUGCCAAUCCUCUCUUCCUACCCUCCCCUCCCCUCACCUCCCCUCCGGCGGCUGCCAGAUCGACGGAUUCGACAAGGGCCUCGAAGGAGAUGCUCGCUUCUGCUCGGCCGUUGCCCACGCUGUGCUUCUGCUCGCUCGCGACGCCGCUGGUGCAAGCACACAAACACAACCAUCCUUGUUGCUGGCCCUACCUUGGAGGCUUAGGACGCAGAUUGGGCGUGUGUAAUUAGGACUAGGAUGCACAUUUCAUACCACCAUGGUUAUCUGUUUAGGCAAGUUUAAAAGGUUGCAUCAUGCUUGCUGCUACCCCAUGAUUAUC